UACGUGACCACGUACGUCCUCAGCGCGCAGCUGUUUCCGGCUGCUGUGUGAGUGACAGGAGCCGCCAAACUCUGUUUUUAUCAUCUGUUAACUGAAGAGCCAUGACAGACACGAGUCACUGUGAUUAAAAACUUUUUCAUCUUUACAGCGACGGACUGAGACCACCGAAGAUCCGCCGGAAGGAGACUUUAUUCACAGCAUGGCGGGGGUGUUCGACAUCGACAUGGAGACGGAGGACGUCAGCGACACAGAGGACGACGCCUGUGACCCGACUGGGCCAGAACCCGAGAACGUUCAGACAGAAGAGGUGGAGCUGACCAGUGAGAUCGUCAACAGAGACAGCGAACGGGUCGGGCCGGACUGUUUCGAGCUUCUGACUGUUUUGGGUAAAGGAGCGUACGGAAAGGUGUUCCAGGUGAGGAAGGUCCAAGGAGCCCAAGCAGGAAAAAUCUUUGCUAUGAAGGUUCUGAAAAAGGCUAAAAUCGUGUGUAACGCUAAAGACACGGUCAUUCUGAUGCUGACCAAACUCUUCGACUUCAACCUGAACAGCGUGACUGAGAGUUCAUUAUGGAGCCAGGUGUCUCAUGCUCACAGGAAGUCAUCGGAGCUGGGGGCGUUGCCCUGCAGAGGACCAGUUCUGUUCGAGUCUGUGUCUCCUCAUGGAUGA